UAAAAUGAUCAUACUGUAACUUGCUUUCGUUAUUUUAUUUUAAGGAAGGAAAUCUGGUUGGAAUGUAUGUACAUACAACUUUUUAUAAACUUUGUGCAUUAGUUAUCUAUCGCGAGGUAUUUAACAAAACAUCUUUUAUAGUUAAGUUAUAGAUCAUUAAACCAAAGAUAAAGUUUGCAAAAGUACAGUCGUAAAAUUGUAUACAUAUAUUUCCCGUGUAUCCAGAUACAAGUGAAAGCUCCAUGUCCAAAUUCAUGCGAAUUUUACAGAAUGGACUGUUUUUGAAUAAGAAGUUACAGACAACAAUGUUGGUUCACAAAUGCAUGACCUCUACUGUUCCAAGAUCAAGGAUGAGUUUAGGUUGGGCAAUAAAGGAUGCAUUAUAUAUUGCUCUAACUAUGAAUCGUAAACUAGUCCUGUUUGAGGAAGGUAUAACAUGCAGUGGUUGUGUUGAAUUGCUAGAAAAUAAAGCUCCUGAAACACCCGUAGUGAUUAAUAAACAAUUCAGUGAACACGGUAUUGUUCACAUUGGGAUUGGAACAGAUAUUGAUGGUUCUACAGUAAUUGCGGAUGUACAGUAUUCUGAUCGACAAGGAUGUAUUUUCCAACCUUUAGACGAGUCGUUAAGAUGUUUACCAGAAAACAUAUUGAAAUUAGAAAAUCUUACAAUGAUAGCCCCGAUUGAACCCAUAAGACGUGGGGCUAUGAAUCACACAGAUAGUAAUAAACUAUUGUAUAAAAUGGAUGGUAUAAAAGUUGUAAUGCCAAGAAGACCCGAAGACGCAAAAGGUUUACUGCUGUCAUGUAUCAAGCAUGAUACCCCUUGUGUAUUCAUAGAACCAAAUGAUGACUUAAAUAAAUCUGUUCACGAAAUGGUUCGACUAUGUCAUUACACAACACCUUUAGGAAAAGCUGAAAUUAUUCUUGAAGUCAAAGAUGAAGGACAUAUUGAAGGGAAAAGGACUUGUGUGACACUUAUAGGUUAUGGACCACAUGUGAAUAUAUUAAAAGAUGAAGUAGCAAAGGACGCAGAGAAGUUUGGAAUCUUGUGUGAAGUAAUAGAUUUGAGAACAUUAUUACCGUGGGACCAGAAAACUGUCAAAGAAUCAGUAAAGAAAACUGGCCGAUGUAUUAUAUCCGAAGAGGUACAAAUAAUAAAAGGACUUGCAAAUAAAAUAGAAUACACUUUACAGAACGAAAAUGAAAAUACACCAAUACAAAAAGUUUGCGGUUACACCACAGAUCGAUUGGUAGAUUUAGUUAGGAAGAUAGUCUAGACUAACCAAAAACAACCGACUUACAUCUAUUCCUAGAUUUGACGGAUGGAUAUUUUUUUGUUAUAAUUAUAAGUUACAAUUGAUUUGAAUAUAUGAUCAUUUUUAUAAGUAAGCCCAUAAAGUGAUACUGUACUGGGAUUCACAAUGACACAUACGCAAUAUAAGAACUGUGAUUCAAAUACCAAGGAUACUCAAGUACCGUUAUUUUAGAAAACAGCAAACGGCUAUCGACCAAUAAAAUUGUAGAAUUUGAUGUUCCGUACUUGUGAAAAAUGAAUGUAAAUCAUGUUCUUAUUAACGGAUUUUCCUGUUGUUUAGCCUAUUUACAUUUCGAAACUAAAAAAGUUGCAAUUAACCCGACGGAUAUUUAUUAACUUGAAAGUAUUUAUGAUUGAAAAUGACUAAAAGUUGAAUUAUUCAAACAAUAAAAUCUAAAUACAUUA